UGGAUGGAUCCUCGCAUGAAUUUCGACCAUUCUGUAUCAUAGAAAUUUUCCGAAGGGGGUAUUAUAGAUGGUAGCGGCAGUAACUAUCCCCAGCUGCCAUCAACGCCUCAAGCUAAAUCGCCAUUUCUACGCCUCCCUCGUCUCCUUCGCCAGAGCCAAGAAUAUCACCAUGGCCAGCACUAGCCGCGGCAGUUCGGGGGCUUUCACCACUAUUCAAGAGAAGGUCACCUUCGAAAAGGAGAUCAAGAAAAGCAAAUUUAUUGCUGUUGCUGGCCCCAUUUCCGACGAGAAAUCCGCCAUGUCUUUCCUUUCCCAGGUUCGGGAUUCCCGUGCUACUCACAAUUGCUGGGCUUAUAAGGUGGGAGAUCAAUACCGGUCCAAUGAUGAUGGUGAACCUUCAGGUACAGCUGGGAAACCAAUACAUUCUGCUAUCGAAUCCUCUGGCAUAGAUAGAGUAAUGGUGGUUGUGAUCAGGUAUUUUGGAGGUAUCAAAUUAGGCACCGGAGGAUUGGUCAGGGCUUAUGGUGGAGUUGCGUCAGAGUGCCUGAGAAACGCCCCAACAUGCCUUGUGAAAACCAAGGUGCCAAUGGGUGUAGAGGUUCCCUUUGACCUUUUGGGAGUGGUCUACCAUCAGCUGCAGUCUUUUAAUGUUGAAGGCAUCAAGCAGGAUUAUGAUACUGGUAAAGACGGCACAACCAUGGUCACCUUCAAAGUUGAUUUUGAUCAGGCUCAGAAAUUGGAAGAUGCGCUGAAAGCCAAUUGUAGCAGAAAUCUGAUCUUUUAUAAGAGGUGAGAGUGUCCUCACUCUUGUUUCUCGUUGAGGAAAUGGCACUGAUGAAGUUGGCGAGAAUUGCAGCUACAAGCUCAGCAAAUGCCUUUCAUUUUGCCCCUUUUUGGGGAACUUUGUGCUGGUAAUUGAGCUGGUUUACUGAUAUAACCCUACUGGUUUAGGUGGGUAUUCAGUUGUAUUUAUUUAUUUAAUGUAUAAAGCAAAACGAUAGCAAACGUAAUAAAAAGAUUACGGAGAUAAUUCCUGACACGUAGGCCAGGAAUUACUAAAAGUAAAGUUAUAAUUAGAUAUUAUAUUGGUCCAGCAAGUAAAGGAGAAAAUGGGGGAAAGAUCUUCGUUGUCUACAAUUAGUACUGGGCAGCUGGAGAGAGCUGGAAAAGCUCUUUGUUCCUGCGGAUAGUGGAAAGAGGAAGUGGUUGAAUUCGGUUAUCCAAGCGAUAGCGCUGUAUCCAGUAUCCACCACAGAACAGGUCUGAGGCAGGCAUUCAAAAAAGAGGAUCGCAUGGGCGCCGAGACCUCCAUGAGACAAUUUGCAGAAUGGAGAAACGGCAAUUAAAUACAUGUGAUAAUUCAUCGGAGAAUUUUAUAAUAAAUGUUUGUGUCAUGAUCAAGUCUACCGUCAUAAUAUCCGUGCAAACUGCUUCUUUUCUUUUUUCCUUUUUGCCUCGUUCUAUAAGUAAUUUAUUCUUACUUUUAUUGUCUUA